AUGGAGAUUAAGGGGAUAAAAAAACAAGGUGAAAAUAAUAAUAAAAAUUUUGUUGAUACCAUAAAAGAAAAUAUAAAAAAGAAUCCUGAACAACAAUUGCAUAAUAUUCCGAAUGAAAAUACAAUUUGCAUUACUAAUAAAGAUAUGCAGCCAGAAAAAAUAAAUUAUUAUGAACAUGUAAAUAAAAAACCUAUUGAUUUGGGCAUACUCGAUUCAUAUAUAAAUAAUAAUUAUGAUGAUUUUCAAAUUGAUGAUUAUGAAACUUUACCCUCAGAUAAUUGCUCUAUUAAGGAAUUAAUUAAUGAAUUGAUAAAUAAUUGUAACAACAUAUUUGACAAUAACAUUAAAAAUAAAAUUACUUAUAAUUUUCCAGAAGACAAUGAUUCAAAAGAUUCAAACGAUUCAAAAGGUUCAAAGUUUAUUGCAGAAAGUUUAACCAAUGAAAUUGUAAAAUAUGGGAGUUAUAAUUAUAUUGCUAAUUCUAUAGAUGAUAAAGAUAUAGACAUGUCCGUGAAUAAUGCAACUGAUAAUAUUGGAGAUAGUGCAUUACCUUAUCAAACUGAUGAUUGUAAAAAAGAUAACUUUUUAAAUAGUUAUAAUGCAUUAAAUGAAUAUAAAGACAAUAUAAUUUUUACCAAGAAAAGUAAAAAUCAUUACCCUAAUUGUAAUACAUCAAUUUAUAUGGAAAAUCCAUUUUAUGAAUUAUGUAAUAAAAAAAUGGUGAAGCCAUAUUUAACUUCCUAUACAAGCUUAAAUUUAUACCCUCAAAAAAAGUUAUGUCAUUUAUUAUUAAAUAAUGUAAUUAUAAAAAAUCAAAUACAAAUCAAAUGCAAUAAGAAAAACAGUGACCCUCCCUUUUAUUUUAAGAUUACGAAAAAGAGCAUGCCAAUCUUACAUACGAGAAUCUGCAGAAAAAAAGAAAAAAACAAAUCAAAACAAACAAAAAUAAAUUAUUAUGCCAAUAAACAUUUUAAUCAAUGUGAUUUGUCUAAUGUUGAAAAUUGCUCAGAUCAAAAAACAGAACAAGAAAAAUAUAAUACUUUUGAUAUUUUAAAACUUGAAGCUAAUCAAAAUGGUAAUCAAAAUGCUAACAUUUCUAACGAACAUAAAAUGGUUACAUGCAUAAAAAAAAAUAUAGAUCGACAAAGUGCCAUGAAAGGUUCUUUAAAUAUUAAUGAAAAGAUAAUAGAUAUUUUAUAUGACAAUGAAAAAUUAGAUAGUGAUGGUGUUUUAAAAAUUAAGCCAAGCAUUCGUAAUGGUACUUCUUUUUAUAAUAGUGAUCAUAGUAGAAAUAGUAGUAAGCCGAAAAUUUUGAAAGAUGCCAAUGUGUGUGAAAAACAGAAAAUAGGAACAUCUAAUGAUAAGCAUGAUGAAUCAAACAUAGAAAUCCUUUUAAAAAAAGUAAAAUUAAAAAAACGCAAAAAUAAGACAUAUAUUUAUUUUUAUGCAGAAAAUAAUUUUAAAAUUUGUAAAUUAAAAAUCGAACCCGAUAUAGUAAAAAGAAGCUGCAAACUGUUUAAAAAUAUAGAUCUAUCUAAAAAUAAAAAAUGUAUUUUUACUAUUAAAAAAGAUAGAAUAGUAAAAAGAUUUAUAAAAAUCUCGUUAUUAAAUAAUAACAAUUUUGCAAACAAUACAAAUUGUGAAGAUAAAAUUAUUUCACACUUGAGCAUUCAAAAUAAUAGCAUAUGUGAAAUAACUGAUAAUAUAUUUAAUGUAUCAAACUUUUUAAUUCUUUUUACAUUAAUAAAGAUUAAAUCUAAAAUUUAUAUAUGUGUAAACGAAAUUAAUAAUAUAAAAAUAAAAAUAAAUGACAUAAUUAAACAUAUUGAUAAAAAUAUAAAUGAAAUAGCUAAUAUUAUUACUGACUUAAAGAAUCUAUAUAAUACUAAAAAUACAUCAGAAAAUAUUAAGCUAGAAAACUUAAUGAUUAUAUUUUUAAAAAUUACAAAUAUUUAUAGUAGUACUUCGGAAAAUGUAAAGUCCCAAUAUAAUGAAUUUAGUUCUAUUCAAUACAACAAUGAAAUAAUUCAUAGCUACAUUUUUUUUAUCAAAAAAUUUGAUAAAUAUAUAAUUACUAGUGUUAUGGAUAUACAAAAUAUUUACACUAAAAUUAAGGAAAUAAUGAAAAUAAAACAAAAUGAUAAUUUUUUUUGUCUUUCCUUUUAUAGUGACCUAAUACAAUGUUUAAUGACCCACUAUCAGAAAAUAUCAAUCUUUAGAAAAAUAUUAGACAUAUAUUUAAUAGAGUUAAAAAAUUUUAAAAAGUAUCAAAAGGAAUAUACAAAUAAUAAACUUCAUUUUAUAGCUAGCUCAAAAUGUCCAUAUAAUCUUCUUCUUUUUUCAUUUGGAAUAAAAUGUAAAUGGCUAUCAGAAAUAUGUAUAAGACAUAUAUGCAACAAUUUUAAUCUUAACGAGUUUGAUAAGGAAAAAAAACUAUAUUUUUCUUUCUUAAGUGAAAAAAUAAAAACAAAAAUUUUAAAUAAAUUUAAAGAAAGUAACAACAAUGAUGCAUAUAAAAAAUUAAAAGAAAUCCAAUUUCAUGAAUCCUUAGAUAUACUUAUAAAUAAUUCAACAAACAAUUCCGAUAAUUCUUCUUUUAUAAAUACAAGUAACCAACCAUUGGAUAUAGAAAAUAUGACUGACCUGUUCAAAACAAAUAAUACAUUGGAAUUUGUAAAAAAUGUGCGAACAUUUUUAGAAAGAAAAAAUGGCACAUUACCUUUGCUUAAAGAAAAUAAACAUGAGCAUAUGAAAAUAAAUAAAAACAUUACAAGCACGAGAAAAUUAAUAAUAAACAAAAAUAGUUUUUUAACGAACCAGUUAAAUGAAUAUAGUAUCAAGGGAAAUUGUAAAGAUAAGACAAAAGCAGAUAAAAAAGAAAAAAAUGACAAAAUCCAAAAUAGUAACAAUAAUGAUAGAUCUAUCAAAUGUGAUGAAACAAAAAUGAGCUCUAAUUUAUCAGACAAAGAAAACCCUCCAAAACUAGCACAAACUAAUAAAAAAGAUAAAAUAAAAAUUGUUGAAAAUAUUAAAAACAUAAAAAAAAUAGAAAAAAAAUACAAACAUAUGCAAGAAGUUAAAAAUAAAGAAAAAUUUAAAAUAACCUUAAAUGAAUUAAGGUUAAAAAAAAUCACAAAAAGAAAUAACAUCAAACUUUUAAAAUCGAGGUUAUUAAAAAACAAAAAAAAAAUCAGUGUGCCACGUCGUGAUAUGAAAAAUGAUACUAUAGACAAGGCUUCAGCUAAUUCAAAAAUAAAUUAUAAAUCGAAGAUAACAAAGAUUGUAAAAUAUACACAUUUACUCAAAGCUAACAAUUGCAAAGUUAUUAAUGACGAUAAGCUUAAGCCGUCAAAUUGUGAAAAUACAAAAUCGCUAUAUAAUGAAAUAAUUAAAGGUAAUUCUAUUGAUAGAGAGACAAACAAAUUGAGUGCCCCUUUAAGAAAUAAGGGAAAGAAAAAUAGUCAUAUAUUUUUGAAUAAAUACGAAAAAGAGUGUAUAAAGAAUAAAAAUAUGAGCAAUUCAGAACAAACUAACCAUUAUUCAAAAUCUGAAAAAAUAAACUCUGAUAUUAUACACAUAAUUAAUGAAUCAUAUCGUGGAAUACAAAAAGUUAAUAAUAAAUAUAUUUAUAUGGAAAAAGAUUAUAAUAAAAAUGUAGAAAACGAUAUCAAAUUAUUAGAAAAUUCAAUAUAUUCUAAUAUAUUUUAUGAUAAAAUAAAUGAACCAAAUUUUUCAGAAAAUAAAUUUUUUUUUAUAACACAAAUGGAUAAUAGUAGCAAAAAAAUAAAACCCAGUAAAAACAGCUGUAAUACCAUUAUCUCUACACAAACAAGUUGUAUUAAAAAUUCAAAAAAUAAUAAUAUUGCAUCUAACAAAAUUAUCAAAUAUAAAUUAUCGGAUUACUUUCAAAAAAAUUAA